GGACGAAACGCGGUUGAUCAUGGAUCUUGUAAAACUGCGAGAAGUGCUCCUGAACACAGCAGCCUUAAAACCAAAAGAAAUCACACUACCGAAGCUUUCGGAAUGUUUGAAACCCGUGCUACCCUCUUUGCCCGAGGAUUCCUGUGCCGGCAAGGACCCGCUGUGGCAAACAUCUUAUCAAUAUCUUGCGAUACUCACCGAGUUUGCAGCAAACGGACUUAUUGAUGUGCAGAGUAGUGAGACCGAAAACGAAGAAGUUAUUAACCUGCAGCAUUUUGCUUGGUUCAUCGCGACGGCCGAUAUCGUACGGCAAUUUACCCUUCAGCUGUAUCUCCCUCGGGAACUCCGCGGUUUAUCCAAAUGUGAGGCCCAAUUGAUGGUCAUAGUAGAUGGCAAAGAGACUUCUCGAAGACUAGCACACUGUGUGGCCCAGUACGAAAUACUCUUCCAGAAGAGAAUGCUGGCGCAUCAUCCUAAGAUGAAAGAUUGUGCCAUCGAUUUCAUCGCCGGGAAGUAUAGUUUACAAGGUGCGUUCGAUACUGAUGCCGACCUGUUUCCCGCAGAGCUUAGCUUUCGGUGCUUGCUCAUCAUGAAAGGCGCUACUGGAUUGGCUCGGGAGCUAGCCGAAGUUUUACAUCGGGACUUGUUGCGAAUGACUGGCAGGAAGGGUGGUUUCGCCGUCCUUUGUCGUACGUUGCUAACGAUUGCGGAAUCUAAGGAAGAAGAAACUUCCUGGCGGAAGAGCGAAGUGAUUGCAAAGAUAGUUGCAUGUCGUGGCCAUACGAAGCAGUUCUAUCGGCAGGUGCUACAAGAUUGCCUCGAGUUUUUCCAAUGGGCUGCUAAUGCUGGAACGCAGGAGGCUCUGCUAUACGCCGGUACGUGCAUCGAGUGCCUCAAACGAUUCACAGCUCUCCCAAGCGCAUAUCGUGAGCUACAUACCCGUAUACAGAAUCACUUCUUCAGCUCCUUCGAUGCUCUGAUCAAUCCUCCGGAAAUGGUGGCAGGUUACGUACUGUGUGAGCGAAAACAGCUGCUGGCCAUUCUCCACGAUUGUCACGUGGCGUUUAGUGGAUCAUCCUUUAGUUCGCUACCAUCAAGCCUCCUAGUUCCAUACAUUGGCGUAUUUGCAAAGCUACAUUCCAUGAUGCCAAUCGAGUUCGAAGAAAGAGAUUACUUAGUUAACAUGACGGUGUUUUGUCUUUCCAACCGUACGAAGCAGGAACUGAGACAGUCGCUUCUGGAUCUCUCUUACACGACUGAAAGCACUGAGGGAAGAACUAAGUUUAUGCAUCCCCGAGUCACCAAAAAAGAUGCAGAAUCUUCUUACUCACUUGUCGUGAGUACAGCACGUGAUAACGAUGAAACUGAAUAUACAGGCUUGCUGACGGUCGUCAUAGAAAUGCUCAAGUCCUCCAACCGUAAUUUGGUGCUCUACGAUGUUUUUAUGAUUCUCCUGAACGAACUCGUGAAUGCUUCAAACCCGCUCGACGACCUACGUAUCCUUGAUGAUGACGAGCAGCAGGAUGCGCUGCGCAAGCGAUUUUAUCAUAAAUAUGCCAUCAUUCAAUCAUUGAUGGAACUGAUCAAUCAUAAGCAUUUCCACAGUCAGCUGUACGAUAAUCCAACCGAGGUGCUAGGUUUGCUGAAAGAUUCGGUGCGUAAUGUUAUCGAUCGGAGGACAGAUACCGGAGAAGCUUCCGAUGACGCGCUGGAAAUCAUAGUUUCAAUCUUUCAAGAAUUUCUCGCCAAAACCCGCAAUCAGACAGAAGUGGACGACAUUUUCAAACUUCUUCGACGAUACCGUACGACCACCAAGUGCACCCGAGAGCUGGGCGAACGGAUAGAUGCUCUGUGUAACAAACCAGCAACAGCUUCCGAGAACGAAGAACUGAGCGACUCGUCCUUUUGUAAUGCAUUUAACCUAUGUUCCGACUCAGAACCAUAUUGCAAAGUGUACGGUACGACAUUGCUCUUGAAGUUGUUAAAAGAGAAAGACAAAGAAACGGUAGCACAACGACAUUCCGUUCUCAUACUCGCGUUGGCCAAUCUUCGAAGUGAAGAAAGCUACGCUUUUCUCAAUUCCGUCCGAUUGCUGGUGGGACUCUGUGAUGUACUCGAGGCAGAAGUGAUCGAUGCACUGAUGAAGGAAUAUCUCAGUGAAUCCAAUGAGCUCGACUACCGUCUCAAAGUAGGCGAGGCGACUGUUAAAACCGUGGAAACAUUGGGUCCUUUUGCAAUCCGAUACCGCGAUGUACUACUAAAUGGUUUCCUCACCGGUGCGCGGCAUCAGUUGGACGAGAUUCGUACUUCGAGCCUAGCCAACGUUGGCAGCAUUUGCCGUAUCCUGUCAUACCAAGUGCAUCACUUUUUCUAUGAGCUAUUUCUGGUAAUAAGCCUAAUUAUGGAAACGGACAAAUAUCUUCCUGCUAGGCGAGCUGGAAUAUUGGUUUUGGCACAGCUGAUCGAAGGAAUGGAUGGUUUAAUGGACUUCCAGGAGUAUCUCCUACCUAUCUAUCGCUUCCUCAAACAAGUGAUCCACAACGAUAAGGAUGAUGUUACGAAACUGCAGGCAGCUGUCGCACUCGAUCAUCUGAAAGCUAAAACGAAAGACUUUCUCACCAUCAAUCCACAAGAUCUGGAGCAGCGAAUGUUUGGAAAAAUCAUUCCAUAACUCUUCACAGUGGUGGCCUGCUAUAGUUGUCUCCGAACUCCCUUUUCUGUUACCAAUGGGAUUAAAAUCUUUAUUAAAGACAGUGGUGUGUUAACUUUACCUCUUGUGUGUCGCUUGUUUCUUACAAUCUACCGGAUAAAACUAGUUAGCUAAGCCUCCUAAGACGUACGGUCAUUUUUUUUCUUCCACCUGUAGGCGCGUACCUGGACACACACUAGAAGAAGUGAAUAAAGACCUU